UUGUCGUCCGGCUUCAAACAUCACUGUUUAGAAAUAAUCAGACUGUAUCACCCUCUCUGAUUUUUUCCUUUUGAUUUAAUUGCUGUUUUAAGUGAUGGAUGCUGACAUGGAUGACAGCGAUAAGAAAGCCCCAUCAGUGAUCGAUCGCUAUUUCACCCGCUGGUAUAGAACUGAUCUGAAAGGAAAAGCAUGUGAGGAUCACUGCAUUCUACAGCACUCCAACAGGAUAUGCGUCAUCACACUUGCAGAGUCUCAUCCUAUCCUUCAGAAUGGGCGAAAAAUCAAAAACAUAAACUACCAGAUCAGUGAUGGAUGCAGCCGUCUGAAGAACAAGGUGUCUGGAAAGUCAAAGCGAGGUGGUCAAUUCCUGACAGAUUUUGCGCCACUGUGUAGAAUAACAUGCACAGAUGAACAGGAGUACACUAUAUUCAGCUGUAUCAGAGGACGUCUCCUAGAAGUAAAUGAAGCCAUUCUGAACAAGCCAGAUCUGUUAUUGGAAAAGCCUUCCACAGAGGGAUACAUUGCAGUUAUAUUACCAAAAUUCGAAGAAAGUAAGAGAGUCACUGAAGGCCUUCUGACCAGAGAACAAUAUGAGGAGGUUCUUGCAAAAAGAAACCAACAAGAAGAGCCUUGCUGAGAUCAACUUACACUUCGAAGCUGCUGAUUGACUGAGUCUCUUUUGAAGAAUAAUUGCUUCAAGCAGGUGAAAAAACAUCAGUGGCAUCAUGGCUAUGUGCCACUUACAUUUCAAAAAAUAUAUUGAGAAAAUGACAACUUGGAAUGAAGACUAGUCUGCUGGAUCCAGAACAGUCUUGGAUUUCACUGGAGUGCAUUUAGUUGGACCACUAUUCAUGAGAUGCGUAACGAUGCCAGUGUCAUGGGUAUUGUUUAGUUUGUUUCAUUAAGAAGUGUUUUAAUUUGAGAAGUAACAGGUCUGUCCUCACAGACACGUUAUUUCCCUUUUGGUUGCUAUAAAACUGUUUAUAGCUCUAACUUUUUGGAGAUCAUUAUAGUUUGAGUAAAUGCUAAAUAAAGGAACGCCUCCCUUCUGAGCGUAUUCAGAUUCCUCUUA